GUUGUCAUCGUUGGUGGAGCGCCAAAUAAAACGGUUGUGGAACAGCAAGCCUGGGAUGAGCUACAAAAAGCAGUUACUCCGGUUGAAGGUCCUCCUGGUAUUCCUCCGCUUCCUCCAGCUCCUCAUUCGCCAGAUAUUCCUUCAGUCCCACCAGCUCCAGGCCCACCUGGACCUCCUACUCCGGAAUCGAGCACCACUUUUCCUCCCGAUGUGACUGAUUCACCCUACUACACCGAAGCCCAUGGGUACGUGACUCCACGGUACGAAGCCAUGAGAACCGACGCUGAAGUACGAGAAGAGGACGAGCAACGGCGUAGAGAACAUGAACGAUGGCAGGAGGAAGAGGCAAGACGAAGGGAACAGGAAGAAGAACAGCGAAGGAAGCAUGAGGAGCAAAGGAGAUUGAUAGAAGAACGGAGAUUGGAAGAGGAGAGGCUGAGAGAACUUGAGGAAAAGAGGCGAUCGGAGGAAGAACUGGAAAGAGAGCGAGCCCGCAUAAGGGAUGAGCGGUUGCGAUUGGAAGAACAAGCAAUAAAAGAUCAUGAAGACCAUAAGUUGGAGGACCAAAGAAGGCAAGAGCUCGCAAAGUUGGAAGAAGAACGCCGACUGUGGAAGGAGAAGCUGAAAGCAGCUGAAGAGGCUGGAAAAAAGACGCAGCUCCUCCAUAUCAUUUGCCAUGACGGUGAAGUGAUUCGAACUCCUGAGGCUCGAAGAGAGUUCUACACUGACGGCAGGGAUCCAUGCGAAGAGUCGAAAAACGUUUAG